AGAAAGAAACAAAUUGGUAACACCUCCUUGUUUUCCCAUAUAUCUCUUCAAAAGGCAAAAAUGGGUGGAAAUCCUCCCUGUGCUUCCUGUAAGCUCUUAAGAAGGCGAUGUGCUAAAGACUGCAUAUUUGCUCCUUUCUUCCCUUCAGAGGAUCCCCAUAAGUUUGCUAUUGUUCACAAGGUCUUCGGAGCCAGCAAUGUCAGCAAAAUGCUUCAGGAUCUCCCUUUCCAACAGAGAGCUGACGCUGUGUGCAGCCUCGUCUACGAAGCCAAUGCGAGAAUGAGAGAUCCCGUAUAUGGCUGCGUGGGCGCAAUCUCUGCGCUGCAAAACCAAGUCCAACAACUUCAGAUGCAGCUCGCCAUGGCUCAUGCAGAGGUCCUGUGCUUUCAGAUGCAGAGCGAUUCUUCUUCCUCUUCUUCCUUGCUGAAUCAGAGGCUGGAAUUGGACGAGGGAGGAGAUGAUAAAUAUUCCAUCUUGCUGAACAAUAAUAUGGCCAUGUCCGGUGUUCCUCAAUCCAUGAAUUAUUCUGCAUCCAGCAAUGUGUUUCCGGAGUCUCUCAAGAGAGAAUCGCUCUGGAUUUAGGAAUAAAAAUUUAAAUUUUUGCUGUGUGCCAGCCAUACUAAAUUUUGGUUUAAGAGCUUCAACUUGGGAAAAAUGAAAAUAAUAUAGAAUAUGACGAAUUAAUGAAACUCCUUUUAAAACUGUAGUUAAUCUUUUUUUUGUUUUGGGUCUUCCGAGCAUCAAAUCACAGCAUGUGAGACAUUGGUCUCAUUUUUUUUAGGAUUAUUGACUUAGUAAAAAGUGUCGCUUAGUGGUUAAGAAUAAGGGAGAAAUAGUGUAUAGCUUAGGUUACUUCACAUGGGAGCUAGCUUGUUAAUAUAGCAUUGUAAAUAUUUGACAUUUGGAUCAAAUAAGCGUAAAUGUCGCACC